AUGAUUGUCAUCAAAGGCGGCUCGGGAAAAUCGAGUCUCAUUAAUGCCAUCUUAGGAGUGAUGCUGCGCUGUUCGGGGUCGCUUGAGAUUGACACUCGAGUAGCUUGCGUGAGCCACGACAAUUGGAUCCUCAAUACAACAUUACUCGCGAACAUUCUCUUUGAGCAAGACUAUGGUACCUCGAAGUACUUCCAAGUUUUGACCGCGUCUCGGCUUGCAAAUGACCCAAAAGCUCUACCUGACGGAGACUUGACCAAAAUUGGCGAGCGUGAUAUCAAUUUGAGCGGUGGCCAAAGCGCUCGAGUCGCGAAUACUCGUGCACUGUUUCGAACGGCCGUUGCUCAAACACGUUUGCUCGUGCUUUACGACCACUAUGACUUGCUGGGACAAGCAGAUCAUGUUGUGAUGAUGCGCGACGGUGUGAUUGCCACUCAGGGUACAUACGAUGAGGUACUACGUCAAUUCCCAAAUCCAGCAUAUUAUUCUGCGAGUGUCGAGGGUGGCAAGAAAAUCCAGAGCUUUGGUAACGAGCCUGUGGUUUGA